CCUUUUGUUUCCUCCCGGAGCCGGGCCGCUGGCUCCGCUGGCUCCGCUGGCUCCCCGGGAGCUCGGCUCGGCUCGGCCGCGGGGCGCGCAGGCGGCUGCCGGGCGGCCUCGGUGCACGCCUCCCGCCUUCACGGAGACGGGGCGCGAGACCCGGGCCCCGAGCACCGAUCGCGGGGAUUCCCGGCGCCAGGAGGGGGUGCAGCCGGUGGGCAGCGCCGCGCAGGGAGGGGCCGCAGCAUCCUCGCCCCCCAUCGCACCCGGGCCCGAGAAGAGGAGGCCGGGGCUCUCCGGGCCUCCCGCCGCUUAGCCUGAUGCUGGAGGGACCAAGGUGAAUGAAGAUGGCAGAGAGGACGUGACCAGCACUCACCCUUGACCACCUGCCCAGUGGCACCGCCAUGCAGAAGCCCAGCGGCCUGAAGCCCCCCGGCCGUGGGGGGAAGCACUCCAGCCCCAUGGGCCGGACAUCUACUGGGUCAGCUUCAUCCUCGGCGGCGGCGACCACUGGCUCCAAGGAAGGCUCCCCCCUGCACAAGCAGUCGUCCGGACCCUCGUCCUCCCCGGCCGCAGCUGCCGCCCCCGAGAAGCCGGGCCCCAAGGCGGCGGAAGUGGGGGAUGACUUCCUGGGGGACUUUGUGGUGGGCGAGCGGGUGUGGGUGAAUGGCGUGAAGCCAGGCGUGGUGCAGUACCUGGGCGAGACGCAGUUCGCACCGGGCCAGUGGGCCGGCGUGGUCCUGGACGACCCGGUGGGCAAGAACGAUGGCGCGGUGGGCGGUGUCCGCUACUUCGAGUGCCCGGCCCUCCAGGGUAUCUUCACGCGGCCCUCCAAGCUGACCCGGCAGCCCACGGCCGAGGGCUCGGGGAGUGAUGCCCACUCCGUGGAGUCACUGACUGCCCAGAACCUGUCAUUGCAUUCGGGCACGGCCACACCCCCGCUGACCAGCCGCGUCAUCCCCCUGCGGGAGAGCGUCCUCAACAGCUCCGUGAAGACGGGCAACGAGUCGGGCUCCAACCUCUCGGACAGCGGCUCUGUGAAGCGCGGCGACAAGGACCUGCGCCUGGGAGACCGUGUGCUGGUCGGCGGGACGAAGACUGGCGUGGUGCGGUACGUGGGGGAGACAGACUUUGCCAAGGGCGAGUGGUGUGGCGUGGAGCUGGACGAGCCCCUUGGGAAGAAUGAUGGGGCGGUGGCGGGCACCAGGUACUUCCAGUGCCCACCCAAGUUUGGUCUCUUCGCGCCCAUCCACAAGGUGAUCCGUAUCGGCUUCCCAUCUACCAGCCCAGCCAAAGCCAAGAAGACCAAGCGUAUGGCCAUGGGUGUGUCAGCACUGACCCACAGUCCCAGCAGUUCCUCCAUCAGCUCCGUCAGCUCUGUGGCCUCCUCCGUGGGGGGUCGGCCCAGCCGCAGUGGCCUGCUCACGGAGACCUCUUCACGCUACGCCCGCAAGAUCUCGGGCACCACAGCCUUGCAGGAGGCACUGAAGGAGAAGCAGCAGCACAUUGAGCAGCUGCUGGCUGAACGAGACCUGGAACGGGCCGAGGUGGCCAAGGCCACGAGCCACAUCUGCGAGGUAGAGAAGGAGAUCGCCCUGCUCAAGGCACAGCAUGAGCAGUAUGUUGCAGAAGCCGAGGAGAAGCUGCAGCGAGCCCGGUUGCUGGUGGAGAGCGUGCGGAAAGAGAAGGUGGACCUGUCCAACCAGCUGGAGGAGGAGAGGAGGAAGGUGGAGGAUCUGCAGUUCCGCGUGGAGGAGGAGUCCAUCACCAAGGGAGACCUGGAGACCCAGACGCAGCUGGAGCACGCGCGCAUUGGGGAGCUGGAACAGAGCCUGCUACUGGAGAAGGCGCAGGCCGAGCGGCUGCUCCGAGAAUUAGCGGACAACAGGCUGACCACAGUGGCCGAGAAGUCCCGGGUGCUGCAGCUGGAGGAGGAGCUCACCCUGCGCCGCGGUGAGAUCGAGGAGCUCCAGCAGUGCCUGUUGCACUCGGGCCCCCCGCCCCCGGACCACCCCGACGCGGCCGAGACCCUGCGGCUGCGGGAGCGCCUGCUCUCGGCCAGCAAGGAGCACCAGAGGGAGAGCGGGGUGCUGCGGGAUAAAUACGAGAAGGCCCUGAAGGCCUACCAGGUGGAGGUGGACAAGCUCCGCGCGGCCAACGAGAAGUACGCACAGGAGGUGGCAGGCCUGAAGGACAAGGUUCAGCAGGCCACCAGUGAGAACAUGGGGCUCAUGGACAACUGGAAAUCCAAACUGGACUCGCUGGCCUCGGACCACCAGAAGUCCCUGGAGGACCUCAAAGCCACCCUGAACUCGGGCCCAGGCGCCCAGCAGAAGGAGAUCGGGGAGCUGAAGGCGGUGAUGGAGGGCAUCAAGAUGGAGCACCAGCUGGAGCUGGGUAACUUGCAGGCCAAGCAUGACCUGGAGACCGCCGUGCACGUGAAGGAGAAGGAGGCCCUGCGGGAGAAGCUGCAGGAGGCCCAGGAGGAGCUGGCCGGGCUGCAGCGGCACUGGCGCGCCCAGCUGGAGGUGCAAGCCAGCCAGCACCGGCUGGAGCUGCAGGAGGCCCAGGACCAGCGCCGGGAUGCCGAGCUGCGCGUGCACGAGCUGGAAAAGCUGGACGUGGAGUACCGGGGCCAGGCACAGGCCAUUGAGUUCCUCAAGGAGCAGAUCUCGCUGGCCGAGAAGAAGAUGCUGGACUACGAGCGGCUGCAGCGGGCAGAAGCCCAGAGCAAACAGGAGGCCGAGAGGUUGCGGGAGAAGCUCCUGGUGGCUGAGAACAGACUCCAGGCUGUGGAGGCCCUGUGCUCCUCCCAGCACACCCACAUGAUUGAGUCGAAUGACAUUUCAGAGGAGACGAUCAGGACGAAGGAAACUGUGGAGGGCCUGCAGGACAAGCUGAACAAGAGGGACAAAGAGGUGACAGCCUUGACCUCCCAGAUGGAGAUGCUCAGGGCCCAAGUAAGUGCACUGGAGAGCAAGUGUAAGUCGGGCGAGAAGAAGGUGGACGCCCUCCUGAAGGAGAAGCGGCGCCUGGAGGCGGAGCUGGAGACCGUCUCCCGGAAGACUCACGAUGCCUCGGGCCAGCUGGUUCUCAUCAGCCAGGAGCUGCUGCGGAAGGAGCGGAGCCUGAAUGAACUGCGGGUGUUGCUGCUGGAGGCCAAUCGUCACUCCCCGGGGCCGGAGAGGGACCUGAGCCGCGAGGUGCACAAGGCUGAGUGGCGGAUCAAGGAGCAGAAACUCAAGGAUGACAUCCGGGGCCUGCGUGAAAAGCUGACCGGGCUGGUAUGUGGGGUAGAGGUGGCCUAAGGGCAGGGGCACUAGUCCAGGUGGGGCUGGGAUAACCUUGCUGUCAGGCCGUAGAGACUGGAGACCUCCUGGAGUGACCCCAGGGACAGCUGAGUCACUAGUGAGGAUUGGAAAUCCUAGUGAGGAUUGGAAAUCUUCUAGGACCAUAGGCAGGUGGAGGGACCCUGGCUAGCCACUUUUGCAGACAUCAUGGCUGCCUACGUGGCAGUCCGUGUGAUACAGUGCAAAGGAAAACUUCGUAUCUGACCUAUCCAGAGGCAGGAUGAGUCAAUACAGGUAAUGAGCUCCCCGUGCAAAGGAGUAAUCAACCACAAGCCAGUGGUUCCUUGCUCAGGGUCCUACAGUGGGGCUUCACACAUCAGUCUCAGGAAGGAGAUGAGAACUUGAAAGUCUACAGCA